AUGGAAGGCCGCCCAGAAAGAAUCUGCCGCGUCUGUGGCGACCUUGCCAUCGGCUGGAACUUCAACGGCCUCACCUGUUCCUCCUGUAGGGUGUUCUUUAAGCGGAACGCCGGCAAAGCUGCGACUUUAAAGUGCGAUCGCGGCGGCCACUGCGAGAUUGCCAGCGCCGCCCGUCGCAGCUGUACCGCCUGUCGAAUGGCCAAGUGUCUGGCCAUUGGCAUGGAGCUGGAGAAGGUGAUGAUGGUGAAGUUUGGGGGUGAAAAAAGUGGUGAGGGUGAUGAAAAUGUAGACACUGGCUCGCAGUUCUUGAACUCCAUCGAUGGCUGUAUCAGCAGUACUCAAAAGGCCAGUACCUUCAAAUCACAGUACCAACCGCUGAACACCACUUCAACCGCCUCAAACGUUGAAAAUCAAAUGAAAGUAGUACCGGCUAAAUCUAAAAACAGCAAAACUUGUGGUGAUCAGUCGCUGGCGGUCGUUUCAACGCAAAAUAUAAAAAAGAUGAGGCGAGAUCAGUUCAUUCUCGACCGCUUGCUGGAGUUUAGUAUUCGCCAGCAGUUGAGCUGCUGCUCUUGUGCCCCGUUUCAGUGCACUUGUGCGCUGAGUUCUUCCUCCUCAUCAUUCUCCACAUCGUCUUCUACUGAUAAGCCUAAAAAGUGUUCAAAAAAAUACGUCAGCAGCCUUGCCUUUAACGCUUUUGAGUUGAACCACCUGAAGGAGUUGCAAAGUGCCAAUGGCCACCUCGUGGACGAGUGCUCCCUGCCGGUGGCAAAGGUGGAGACCAGCUUUGAGAAUGUCGUCAAUCUGCCGGUACUCUACCUGAAACUGGUGAUCAAGUACUGCAAAGCCUUGCUGCCUGAUUUUGCACACUUUAGUGAAGCCUGUCAAAUGGCACUCCUCAAGGCCUUCUUCACGGACUUUAUCUUUAUUCGAAUUGCCUUCAACUACGAUCCAAGCAGCGGCGAGUUUCGCUAUAUAUCGGACGAAACGGCCACCUCAACAAUUCUCAUUAAAACGGGCAACUUUUCAGACGUAAAAAUAAAGCCCAUUCUCGACGCCAUUCUUGCCGUGGCCAUCGAGAUUGGCCGCAUUCUCAAUCACGACACUAUGCUGAAAGAUUUGUUUACAGCUCUUGUCUUCUGUCAACCCCAGGCGGCUGAAGUGGUUGGGGAGAAUCGUGAAUUCCUUAAGUACCACUACUACAAGUACUCCAAGCUGAUGCAACGUUACCUGGAGGUGAAAACCGGUUCGCCAAAGGCCGCCCAAGAGCUGCAUCAUCUCCUGCUCGGAUACGCCCACCAAAUGGCCACCGGAAAAGCUUUCCUGGCGGCCAUCUUUCAGGAGGUGGGCGUCGCCAAUGUGCACGGCAUUCUGGCGGAGGUCUAUGAUUUAGCACUGGGGCAGCAGCAGCAACAGCAAUCACAGCAACAGCAACAACAACCGAACACUUCAGAAAAUACUACAUUUGAAUAA